AUGGCAGGUGACAGGGGCAUAUCGGCUGAGCUAAAGGAGACUUGGGGUGACGACACUGUGUAUUCAGCGUCGUUCUGCCAACCAGAAGAUGUGUUGUAUGAAGGGUCAGAAGAUGAGGACUACGAUAAUUCAGCUGCGAGACGACGCCGGUACGAAGAAGCUGGGCAGCGAUUUUUAGACGGUGCUGUUCCUUUGCUAUUCUCCGCCGCUUUAAGGGGACCAUUUGACAGACGUUCAGGUUUUAUCAACCCAUGGAUAUCCCACCGUCACUCGGGGACAGCUCGCAGCUCGACAGGGUCCUCUAGGCCCAUCGAAAAAGUUGCGUCGUCGCAAAGCAAGAACUCGGUCCGCAAGCCCAAGCCAGAUCCUACGCUGCCGGCCCGUUCUGCCGAUUGCCAUCUGCCUAGUCCCGAGAGCCUUAAGCAGGCUCCGUAUACCCAAGAGCAUCCAUAUCUGGCAGCAGAUGGGAUUGAAAAAGUCAACACGUGGAGGGAGCAGGUUGACCCUUUUGCCAGUAACAAAAAUGGUUUCUGGGUCUCUGACGACGCAAAAGUUUCAACAUCCAUCAGAAAAAGAAGCGCGCCUGGGUCCGAAUGGUUGAAGAAAGUGUCUGCAAAAAGACAUCAGUCUACCACGACGCAAAAACGGCCCCCUCGUCAGGAACAAGAAGAUGAUGAGUUGGACGAACUCAUGGCGGAUCUGCCGUCGUCUAGCUUUGAAAACGCAGCACCAGUUAUGUCGCCAUCCAAGCGCAGAUCACCACGAAACGCCAUGCGAAGAACCAGUUGUAAGGUACUGGUAGAAUCUGAUGAUGAACUUAGUCCUAACAAGACUGCUGCUGCAACUCUUUCAUCUCCUGUGUCACUGCGGAAUGGCCCAGUCAUAUCCGCCUCUUCAAAAAGAAGUCAACCGCCAAUUUAUAUUACGUCAUCUAUUGGAACUCAAACUACCCCAUCUCGCCUACGACAUGUGAAAGUGUUAGAUACCUGGAGUAAGAACAGGUCGCCUUCACAGGAGGACCCGCCAGGCGAGGAACCCAGAGUCAAAGUAGAAGCCGCGAGCGGGCAAGACAUUGAGACUACUAUUGAAAAUAUAUCCAAAUCUCGCUCUGUUACCGAAUCUGAACCCGAAACCAUAGCGGAUGAAGACGACAAUGGCUCAGCAAUGCUGGUCGAGGAUGGCUGUAUUAUAGUCAACACAACCUGUGAAGACGCGACUUCGCAAGCUACGAAUGGUCAACAUGAAAACCAGCGCUAUGAACCUGAGUCACCUCCAAGCAAUUGCAAGGCCGAAAUGGACGGUAACUCGGAACCUAUCGCUCAGAGGGCCGAUUCAGACAUCGAAAUGGACAAUCUUCCUGGCAUUAAAUCGGAGCCGCAAGGCGUAGCGGAAUGCACUGUUCCGGAUUCGACUCGGAAUUCUACAGGACCCGAUAACAAUAGAAACCCAGAUGAUUCGCCUGUAAAGGAGACCGAUAUUCCGGUUGCACAAUCACAUGGUAACUGGGUCAUGAAAAUGGAAUCAGUGGGUGAAGUUGUAGCCCAUCAAGGUGGCGCUGACGUAAAACAGGAGGACAACCUCUCAGACAUGGAUUCGGGAGAUGAUUCAGGAAACUCAUGUGCUGCAACCCAAAAAACCUUUUCGAUACGUAACAUUGAACCAAACCGUUCACAAGACACAAGCCACGCUUCUACAUCAGACGACAUUGCAGUUCAUGAUGAAAAGACUGCUUCCAUGGAAAGCGAAUUCUCUACAACUUCCACCAGGGACUACCACACGCAAAGUGAUUCAGAAUCCGUCAAACAUGAAACUCCUACAACUCCUCGCCAAGCUGAGCGUGUCAAAGAAGACGCAUCUGAAUUCAUCUUCAAGACCAUCCUCAAUCGAUUUGUUCCUUCUAGUCCGUGGAACAAACUGACACGACUAGCUCUUUCACCUUCGUCAUCUCCUUCAGCAACUUUCAGCAAGAAGUGUGCGGUCGCGAAUGAGUCUGCAGAUCAAGUCGAAGAGGCAGAUUCUCAACCCAGCCAGACGCAUAAAGAAGAAUUACCAAGCCCGCGUCGUAAUGAGCUCAUAGGUGACUUUGACCAGUUACAUAAGCCGGUUCAAAUCCAACAGACAGUCUCAUAUAGCCACAGCGACAGGCGGCUGAAGGACUCAGAGGCAGAUGAUCAGCGCGUUCCUGAGUCCCAGCAGAGCCCAUGGGUCAAUACGGAUCAUGCCAUAUUGUCUAGGUCACCAUUGGGCAUUCUAUCACUAAACAUCUCUGGGGCGAAGCCAUCCAGUAACGAGGCCGAGAAUACUGCAGCCGUUUCCCCAUCUACUAAUAUCCAAAACCCGUGGAUGCAGAAUCCAUCAUCCAAUGCCGCAUCAUUAGAUCAGUCAUCAUCGAGUCCGAUCAACGAAAAUAUCGAGCAAAUCCCGUUCGCCAAGCCAUCAUUGCCCCGACCAAGGACCCCCGAACCCCAAUUUUGCGUCAAGUCUUUCUCAUCGUUUAUGUCCCCAUCGCCGGAUCGGAACCGAGGGGAAGGUGUGUCACUAUCUGCGUCUGGACAGGUAUUCAGAAGUACCCAAGGAUCUCUCCCGUCAUCUGUGAAAAGUCAAUGGAGCCAGAAACGCCCAGGUCUGCGUGUCUCAUGGGCGGCAUCGCUUGAAGAGUUCGAGGGAACACCAUCACGAGAAGAUGCUCGCAUAGCCCGUCAUAUGCCAAAGAGACAGACCUCGCCGCCACCGGAGAACCUUAGCGGCGAUUUCCGGCAAGCCCACGACACCAAGUUCGCAAAGCACUUUGAGGCUGUAGCAAACCGCAGAGACGGACGGUCACAGACUCUCAUCCCCACAGAAUCGCAGCAACUACAGAGUCCUGGCCCGUUCGCCAUGGCUGAAACUUUCAUGACAGCUGACAACAAUACCGCGGGACUAGUGUCCAAGGAUAGAGAAAGUGCGGAGCAUACUGAACCGCGUGCAUGCAGUCGAGCAUCAGAAGAGCCGAUGGAUGUUGUUGAAGACAUGGUUCGGGAGAUGGGAGAUUUUUGGGACCCCUGGAACAUUGAUGCGGAGCUGGACCAAGCACGAAAGGGAGCGUCAGGUGGGCAGACAUCUAGCAUUGAGACGUGA